UAGGACGCUCGAUGCUUUGGGAUGCCAAGUAGAAACGGAUAUGCCUAACGUAGCGUCACCAUAGUCACUAUUCUUUAUUUGUAUCAAUUUUACAUAUCUGCGUACUUAACUUGGAAGGAUUGACGAGCUCGAUCUUAAUAGAUUUGUGGAAAUUCCUCCCAGUUUGGUCAUCGAUGAAUCAUAACUGGUUCUUCCACGCCCCGAACUUAGACACUUAAAGACAAUCACUACCGAAUUCGAUAUGUCAACUCCUAGCUUAAUGCUGAAGAACAAGUAAAGAAGCUAAUACUGCUCAAGCUCCUUCGUGUAGUAAGAGCUCAAAAUCGGGCUCCACUUACAUACAGUAAAUGGUGGUAGACACCUGAAGACAUCUUAUCUUACCGUUACCGUCUAGGCCUACGAUAGUCCAUCACUCCUUUUUUUCAUAGUCCCGCAGACCUAGUACAUGGGUCAGUUUCCUUAUUGUUUUUUUUUUCAACUGUAUUAUAUCAAAUACAUAUCUCCGGGAAUGUUACGGAAUACCGGACUUUCUUAAUACUGGCCGGACGAUGCUACCAAAACAUACGUUGAUAUCUCAUCCACAUUUCGUACACCACUCACAACAAAACUUGCGCGAAGGACGCCAGAUUUUCAAAAUUACAACCCCCAGAUUUCCUUUGUGCGUGGGUCAAGAUGUCGACAACCUACAUCCUUGGUUCCAUCAACCGAAGUCAUGGCUCGGACUAUGAUGUCGUGCCAGAGGGUCCUAUCGCUGGGCUGCCGACGCCCAUGCCCUCUGUCACGGAUGCAAUCUACCCUCAUUUGACCUGGUCGACGCUAUGGUUUUCGCUGUUGUGUCUUUUUGUCGCAUUUAACAUGAAGAAUAUGCCAUUUAUGUGGCACAUGCGACUCGUCAAUGCCUUUCGUUUCGUUUUAAGAACUCAGCGGUCUGCCGUGCCGCUCAAACCGACGCAUAUUUUCCAGCCAAUCAUUACAUCAUCAACGGCACAACUCAUGGAGAUAGACUUCAACAUUCACAAAUCUAAUUCGUCAUAUUUCUCAGAUGCCGACAUCGCCCGCGCUCACCUCGUCUGCACCCUAUUCGCUAAAGGAAUCGAGCAGAUGCGCGGAGGAACUGCCGCAUACACGGGAUCCGGCAAGCCACUAUUUGGAUUUGCCCUAGGUGCCGUCUCAUGCAACUUCAAGCGGGAGAUACGUCCGCAAGAGCAGUACGAGAUGUGGUCUAAGAUCUUGACUUGGGAUGAGAAAUGGAUCUACAUCGUCACUCACUUCGUCCGCAAGGAUGCCGUGAAACCAAAGAAUUACACGCUAUAUCCGGAGCAGUUCCCUGAUCAAGGAUCAGACGAGAAGUCGUCCAGCAGUGACGAGGGUGGUGAUGUCAACUCGGAUAAGGUUAUCUUCGCGACCGCGCUGAGUAAAUGCGUGUUCAAAGCCGGUCGAAAGACUGUCUCACCCGACACCAUGUUCCAAAUCUCCGGGCUAUUGCCAGCGGGUAAUUCCGAAGACAAGGAAUUUGACGAGGUCACACUGCGGCAAAUUGAGGAGCAGAGGCAAAAGGGGCUUGUUACCGCGCAAUCACUGACGGCACAAACUCAACAAAACCUUGAAGCGGAAUUCGACGCUGCCGGAUGUGAGGCCUUGGGUAAGCACACUGACGGUGCCGGCAUCGUUGGGGUAGUGAACACCCUCAUGCAACUGGCACGCUUGAAGAAGUCCCAAAUAUUAUGAUCGUCAACACCUUUGUCAUUCAAUCUCAAUCCGGUGGCGUUUAGAUACCUCAUUGCAUUAAAAAUAGAGUGGCAGUCAUUUCUUGUACAUGAUCCCUCACACUUUACAUACCAGAUGACAGGCAAUUAGAGUAUAAUAAUAAUUUAAUCAUACAUAAGUUUCAGCACAUCGCACA